AUGAUCCCGGUCACCAGUAAACCAAGAGUCAAGUUGAGUCGAGUCAAGGGUUGUGAGGACGAGUCGUGUCAAGUCAAGGGUUGUGAGGACGAGUCGUGUCAAGUCAAAGGAUGUGAGGACGAGUCGUGUCAAGUCAAAGGAUGUGAGGACGAGUCGUGUCAAGUCAAGGAUCGUAAGGACGAGUCGUGUCAAGUCAAGCAUCGUAAGGACGAAUCGUGUCAAGUCAAGGGUCGUAAGGAGGAGUCGUGUCAAGUCAAAGGAUUGUUGAACGAGUCGUGUCAAGUCAAAGGAUGUAAGGACGAGUCGUGUCAAGUCAAAGGAUGUAAGGACUGGUCGUGUCAAGUCAAAGGAUGUAAGGACUGGUCGUGUCAAGUCAUAGGAUGUAAGGACGAGCCGUGUCAAGUCAAGGGUUGUAAGGACGAGUCGUUCCAAGUCAAGGAUUGUAAGGACGAGUCGUGUCAAGGAUUGUAA